AUGGGCCACCCAGAAGAGCCCGGGCCCGCCGCGGCCCAGGACUCUUCCCAGGCCAACUCCGAGAAGCCGGCGUCGGGCAUAGACAUCGCUGUGCAGCAGCAGCAGCAGCAGGAUGAAACCAAGCCCGAAGGCAAAGAAGGCGACUCUGGCAACGCAUACUGGAGAAUAUUCUCGUACGCCGGCAAGCUCGAGUACGCCUUCUUCGCCAUAUCCAUCGUCGCAGCCAUCGCCUCGGGCGCCGGCAUCGCGCUCCAGAACCUCAUCUUUGGGCGCUUUGUGACCAUCAUUACGGACUACGCUUCGCAAAAGUCGUCGGGGAGCGACUUUCGCCGCGAGGCCGCAGAACUUGCCUUGUACUUUGUUUACCUCGGCAUCGGCCGGUUCGUCCUGGCCUACCUGUACAACGUCCUCCUCAACUACAACGCCUACCGCAUCGUGCGCAACAUCCGCCACGCCUACCUCGGCGCCGCGCUCCGCCAGGAGGCCGCCUACUACGACCUCGGGCAGGGCGGCUCCAUCGCCACGCAGGCCGCCUCGAGCGGGCGCCUGAUCCAGGGCGGCAUCGCCGAGAAGCUCGGCCUCACCUUCCAGGGCCUGUCGGCCUUCGUCACCGCCUUCGCCGUCGCCUUCGCCACCAACUGGAAGCUGACGCUCAUCACGCUGUGCAUCGCCCCCGCGACCAUCAUCGUCAUGGCCAUCACCGGCACCAUCGAGGCCGGCCACGAGACCAAGAUUCUCGACAUUUACGCCAGGGCGAAUGCUUUCGCCGAGGGCGUCUUGUCUAGCGCGAGGACCGUGCAUGCUUUCGGCAUGCGCGCGAGGCUCGUGGCCAGGUUCGACACGUACCUGGUCGAGGCGCAUGCCGUGGGCAGCAAGAUCUCGCUGCUGUUUGGCAUAUUGUUCUCGGCCGAGUACACCAUCAUCUAUCUGGGCUUUGGUCUCGCGUUCUGGCAGGGCAUCCAUAUGCUCGCCCGGGGCGACAUUGGGUCGUCAGGAGAGAUUUUUACCGUCUUGCUAUCUGUGGUCAUCGGCGCCAUCAGCCUCACCCUGCUCGCUCCGUAUUCCAUCGAGUUCGCGAGGGCUGCCUCCGCCGCCGCCCAACUCUUCAGCCUGAUCGAUCGGAAAUCCGCCAUCGACCCCCUGGACCCGUCCGGCGAGCAGCCCGCCGAGACGAUAGGCGAGCUGGAGCUUGAAGAUGUCAGCUUUGCGUACCCCUCGCGUCCCAACACCACCGUCCUCGAUGGGUUUUCCCUCAAGGUGCCGGCGGGCAAGGUGACCGCUCUCGUAGGCCACAGCGGCUCGGGCAAGAGCACCAUUGUCGGGCUCAUCGAGCGAUGGUACGAGCCGACCUCGGGCACGAUCAAACUAGACGGCCGCCCGAUUGACAAGUUGAACCUCAACUGGCUCCGGAAACAUGUGCGCUUGGUGCAACAGGAACCCAUCUUGUUCCGCGGCUCAGUGUUUGACAACAUCGCCCACGGACUGGUCGGCACGAAAUGGGAGAGCGCCUCCAAGGACGAGCAAAUGGCCCUCGUCGUCGAGGCGGCCAAGACGGCGUACGCGCACGACUUCAUCACCGAGCUGCCCGACGGGUACGACACCGACAUCGGCCAGCGCGGCGGCCUCCUCUCGGGCGGGCAGAAGCAGCGCGUCGCCAUCGCCCGCAGCGUCGUCUCGGAACCCAAGGUGCUCCUCCUCGACGAGGCCACCAGCGCGCUCGACCCGCACGCCGAGGGCAUCGUCCAGCAGGCGCUCGACCGGGCCGCCGAGGGGCGCACCACCCUCGUCAUCGCGCACAAGCUCGCGACCAUCAAGCGGGCGCACAACAUCGUCGUCAUGAGCAAGGGGGGCCGCAUCGUCGAGCAGGGCGCCCACGCGGACCUCGUCGCGGCGGGCGGCGUCUACGCGCAGCUCGUCCGCGUGCAGAACCUGCUCGUCUCGGCGGCGUCGGGCGUCGUCGAGGACACCGAUGAGGAGGAGGAGAAGGCGGCGGCGGAGGCGGCGGUCGCGCAGGCCGAGGGGGACGACGACAAGGCGGCGCUGGGCAAGACGCUCACGCGGUAUGCGACGGCUGAGCGGGAGCGCAUGCAGACGCAGAAAGACCGCGACGACUACGAGCGCCACAGACAUCUCGGCCUCUUGUCUGUCAUUGUGCGCCUCGUCCGGGAUGCACCGGAGCUGCGGGUGACGUACUUUUUUGUCUUGCUCGCCUGCCUCGGGUCGUGUGCUGCGAUCCCUGGCCAGGCCAUCCUCCUGGCCAACAUGACCGACGUCUUUACCCUCACCGGCGCAGCCAUGGUCGACAAGGGAAACUUCUUCGCCGCCAUGUUCAUCGUCCUUGCCGCGGGGUGCUUCCUCUUUUACUUUACCAUGGGCUACUCGACCAACACGGUAGCUCAAACCCUCUCUCACAAGUUCCGCAGGCAGAGCCUCGACGACAUGCUCCGGCAGGACCUGCAGUUCUUCGACCGGCCCGAGAACAACACGGGCGCGCUGUCCAGCCGGCUCGACGAGAACCCGCAGGCCAUCCUCGAGCUCAUGGGCUUCAACGUGGCGCUCAUCCUCAUCUCGGCGCUCAACGUGGCCGUGUGCAGCGUCCUCGGCAUCGCGCACAGCUGGAAGCUCGGCCUCGUGGUCGUGCUGGCGGGGCUGCCGCCCAUGCUCGCCGCCGGGUGGCUCAAGAUCCGCUUCGACGUGCGCCUCGACCGCGACGUCGCCGCGCGCCACGCCGAGGCCUCGGCCCUCGCGUCCGAGGCGGUGACGGCGAUUCGCACCGUCUCGUCGCUCGCCAUCGAGGGGUCGGUGCUGAGGCGCUACACGGCCGAGCUGGACGGCGCGGUGAAGGGGUCGCUGAGGCCGCUGUGCGCCAUGAUGGUGUGGUUCGCGCUCACGCAGUCCCUCGAGUAUGGGUUCCUGGCGUUGGGCUUCUGGUACGGCUGUCGCCUGGUGUCGUUCAACGAAAUCACCAUGUACCAAUUCUUCGUCACGUUCAUGGCCGUCUUCUUCUCCGGGCAGGCCACCUCGCAGAUUUUUCAGUUCUCAACCAGCAUGACCAAGGGCAAAAACGCCGCCAACUACAUCUUCUGGCUCCACGCGCUCCAGCCGACUGUGCAGGAAACUCCGGAGAACCGCGACAACACGCCCGGGACGGGAGGCUCCAUCGGCCUGGAGCACGUGCGGUUCUCGUACCCGCUGCGUCCCGAGGCGACGGUCCUCAAGGGCGUCGACUUGGAGAUCAAAAACGGCCAGUUCGUCGCCCUCGUCGGCGCGUCCGGCUGCGGCAAGUCCACCAUGGUCGCCAUGCUGGAGCGCUUCUACGACCCCUCCGCGGGCGUCAUCCGCAUCGCCGGCGACCCCCUCCCGGUCCUCAACCCGCGGCUCUACCGACGCGACGUCUCGCUCGUCCAGCAGGAGCCGACCCUCUUCCAGGGUUCCAUCCGCGAGAACAUAGCCCUCGGCGUCGACGAUCCAUGUCCCUCCUCUCCGUCAUCCACUGCCUCCCCUUCGUCAUCCUCACCGUCGUCGUCGUCUACCACCGUCUCCGACGCCGCCAUCGAAGCCGCCCUCCGCGCCGCCAACGCAUGGGACUUCGUCGCCUCCCUCCCCGACGGGCUCGCCACCGCCGCCGGCCCCAACGGCACCCAGCUGUCGGGCGGCCAGCGGCAGCGCAUCGCCAUCGCGCGCGCGCUCAUCCGCGACCCCCGCGUCCUGCUGCUCGACGAGGCCACCAGCGCGCUCGACACGGAGAGCGAAAAGGUCGUGCAGGCCGCCCUGGCCGACGCCGCGUCCAGGGGCGACCGCGUCACCGUCGCCGUCGCGCACCGCCUGUCCACCGUCAAGGACGCCGACGUCAUCUGCGUCUUCUACGGCGGCAGGAUCGUCGAGCGGGGGACGCAUGCCGAGCUGAUUGCCCUGGGCGGCAUGUAUAGAAAGAUGUGUGAGGCCCAGAAUCUGGAUUAG